GUGUGUGUGUGUAUAUGAGUGUGUGCGCGAUGCUACAACCUCCUUAUAAAGGGACUCUCUCACGUUGUGGCUUGGAAAUUAGAGCACAUUGCCUAAAAUUGAGGUCUCCACACACACACUCUCUCUCACACGCCGAGUCACGGAGAGCCGGAGGAUGAGCAUGGAGGAAGUGAUCCGCAGGGCCGAGACGCCUCUCCUCUGGGUCGGUGCGUUCACCGUGGCCUCCCUGACGCUGUGGCUCCUCUACAGGCUCCUCACAGGCUUCAGGAUCUGGAUCUUGGGGAACGGACAGCUUCUCUCUCCUAAGCUGGGCAAAUGGGCAGUUGUGACUGGAGCCACAGAUGGAAUUGGGAAAUCCUACGCAGAGGAGCUGGCUCGUCGAGGAUUUGCCAUGAUGUUAAUCAGCCGCUCGCAGGACAAGUUGGAAGAUGUGGCUAAGUCGCUCAAGGAGCAGUUUAAUGUGGAGACCAGGACAAUAGCUGUUGAUUUUGGGAAAACUGACAUUUAUCCCAAGAUUGAAGCAGGACUGACCGGUCUGGAGAUUGGUGUUCUAGUUAACAAUGUUGGUGUGUCUUAUCCCUACCCCGAGUACUACCUUCAAAUUCCUGAUCUGGACAAUUUCAUCACAAACAUGAUCAAUGUCAACAUGACCUCACUGUGCCAAAUGACUCGUCUUGUGCUGCCCAGAAUGGUUGAGAGGUCCAAGGGUGUUAUCCUCAACAUCUCUUCUGCCAGUGGCAUGUACCCCGUCCCUCUGCUUACAGUCUACUCUGCAACCAAGGCUUUUAUAGACUUCUUCUCUCGUGGCCUCCAGGAGGAGUACAGGCGUCAGGGAAUUAUUAUCCAGAGCGUUUUGCCCUUCUUUGUUGCUACUAAAAUGACUCGUAUCAGGAAGCCUACUCUGGAUAAGCCCACCCCAGAGCGUUACGUGGCGGCUGAGCUCAACACUGUGGGUCUGCAGUCUCAAACCAACGGCUACUUCCCCCAUGCUGUCAUGGGCUGGGUGACCACCAGGCUGGUACCAAGCAGCAUCGUCAUCUUCCUGGGAGCCCGAAUGAACCGCCUGCAGCGCACGGGCUACCUGAACAGGAGGAAGCUGCGCCAACAGAAGAAUGGAGGGAGCUUAAAGAGUGAAUAGGAAGACGAUGCAGGCGGCUGCUCUUUUUCGGUCGCUUUCCACGUUUGAGGAAGAAGGGAUCAGUCCUCUAAAGCUGCCUGAGCUUUAACUAUUUUGUGCCUUUUUGGUCGAAGCAUCGGAACACGCGUGACCUUGCGUUUGAAACUGCAACCCUCUGCUCUGAUUUUUGUCUGGGGGAGAAACAGCCAAAGAAGUCUCGAGUGAAACGAUUCAAAACUGAUGCUCUUUGGAAAAACAACAUCCAAAUGUAUUUUUGUCACAGACACUCAUGGUGGAAAUAAUACAGCAAAACAAACAAAAAAAAACAAGUGAUGUGUUCCCCCCCCUGCUGUUGUAAGCAGUGAAAAUGGUGAUGGGCAUCUUUUUAUAUUAUAUAAAUUAUUUAUCAUAAAUUUGUAUAAAAAAAAAAAUGUACGUCUAACCCAGAACUUUAAAACUAU